AUGAUCUGCCGCUCCUGUCUCCGCAAAGCCACUCUCAAUCCCUCCGCCCUCCUCCCAUCCUCCACUCGCCGCGCUCUCUCUCACACUCCCCGCCCCCAAAACUCAACCGGCAACACACCAGCAACCUCAACCUCCGCCGCGCAACCCUUCAGCACGCCCCUCAGUCCCACGCCCAACGAAGUAUCUCUCGGCGCCGCAUUACGUCCAAAACCGAAAACAAGUGCUUUACCAAUCUCCUCCGCGCCCAAAGGAACGGUGCUCAAGGGCAUAAACUACAUCAAAGGACGGGAUGACCCAGUUGCUUUAGGCGAAGAGGAGUAUCCGGAGUGGUUAUGGCGGGUUUUAGACGUUAAGACAGAUGUCGAGGGCGGAGAAGUGGAGGAGGGUGAUGAAUUCUCCAAAUCCAAGAAGUUGCGAAGAAAAGCCGCCAAACGCCAGCGCAAACUCGAAGCCCAGAUGCUCCUAAGCGGCAACAUGGAGGCGCUCGCCCCGAAGAUCCCGAUCACGAAGCAGAGUAUUGAUUUACCGGCUAAUGAGGAGGGGACUGUGGAGGGGGCGAUGAAGGCUGUGGAGGGACGGGAGGAGGUGAGGAAGGCGAUGAGGGGGGAGAGGAGGAAGGGGAUUAAGCAGGGGAAUUAUUUGAAGAGCAUGUGA